GGAACGCAAUCCAAGAGAGCUUUCCCUGUCUUCUCUGCAACGUCAUUGCCGAGUACUCCUGUGAACUUUGAGAAAGUCGUUUGUCGCGAUCUUUUAUUCGUUUUUCUUUUAUCAAAAGAGCGAUCUCGAUUGCGAAUCAAUAGCUGCUAAUCAUCUCGAUAUCAGAUUCAUCAUGCAAAUCUUUGUGAAAACCCUUACUGGAAAAACCAUCACCCUUGAGGUAGAAGCUUCCGACACUAUAGAGAAUGUCAAAGCCAAGAUACAAGAUAAAGAAGGCAUUCCUCCUGAUCAGCAGCGUCUGAUCUUUGCUGGAAAACAACUGGAAGAUGGUAGAACUCUUUCUGACUAUAAUAUCCAGAAAGAAUCUACACUUCAUCUGGUUUUGCGUCUUCGUGGAGGAAUGCAGAUCUUUGUGAAGACUCUUACAGGCAAAACUAUUACUCUUGAAGUAGAAGCUUCAGACACCAUAGAAAAUGUGAAAGCCAAAAUUCAGGACAAAGAAGGAAUUCCCCCGGAUCAGCAGCGUUUGAUUUUUGCUGGAAAACAGCUUGAAGAUGGUAGGACUCUUUCUGAUUAUAACAUCCAGAAAGAAUCUACACUUCACUUAGUUCUGCGUCUUCGAGGAGGAAUGCAAAUCUUUGUAAAAACACUCACGGGCAAAACUAUCACACUCGAAGUCGAAGCUUCUGACACAAUAGAAAACGUGAAAGCCAAAAUCCAGGACAAAGAAGGAAUUCCUCCGGAUCAGCAGCGUUUGAUUUUUGCUGGCAAACAACUUGAAGAUGGUAGGACUCUUUCUGAUUAUAACAUCCAGAAAGAAUCUACACUUCACUUAGUUCUGCGUCUUCGAGGAGGAAUGCAAAUCUUUGUAAAAACACUCACGGGCAAAACUAUCACACUCGAAGUCGAAGCUUCUGACACAAUAGAAAACGUGAAAGCCAAAAUCCAGGACAAAGAAGGAAUUCCUCCGGAUCAGCAGCGUUUGAUUUUUGCUGGCAAACAACUUGAAGAUGGUAGGACUCUUUCUGAUUAUAACAUCCAGAAAGAAUCCACUCUUCACCUGGUUCUGCGUCUUCGAGGAGGAAUGCAAAUUUUUGUGAAGACACUCACAGGCAAAACUAUUACACUUGAAGUCGAAGCUUCUGACACAAUAGAAAACGUAAAAGCCAAAAUCCAGGACAAAGAAGGUAUUCCUCCUGAUCAACAACGUUUAAUUUUUGCUGGAAAACAAUUGGAAGACGGACGGACGCUUUCGGAUUAUAACAUUCAGAAAGAAUCCACACUUCAUCUGGUUCUGCGUCUUCGAGGUGGAAUGCAAAUCUUUGUGAAAACGCUUACUGGAAAAACUAUCACUCUUGAAGUAGAAGCUUCAGAUACUAUAGAGAAUGUCAAAGCUAAGAUUCAAGACAAAGAAGGCAUUCCUCCUGAUCAACAGCGUUUAAUUUUUGCUGGAAAACAACUGGAAGAUGGCAGAACUCUUUCUGAUUACAAUAUCCAGAAAGAAUCUACACUUCAUCUGGUCUUGCGUCUUCGUGGAGGAAUGCAGAUUUUUGUGAAAACUCUUACAGGCAAAACCAUUACUCUUGAAGUCGAAGCUUCAGAUACCAUAGAGAAUGUAAAAGCAAAAAUCCAAGACAAGGAAGGAAUUCCUCCCGAUCAGCAACGUCUCAUUUUUGCUGGUAAACAGCUAGAAGAUGGCAGAACUCUUUCUGACUAUAAUAUUCAAAAGGAAUCUACACUUCACUUAGUUUUGCGACUUCGUGGAGGCGAGUGUCUUUGAAUUGGAAAUCCAGAAAAAUGUUAGUCGCAAAUUGCAUAGUAGUAGUAUCACUAGUGUCAAAAACCUUUUUCUUUUUAUUUAUGCUUCUAUACACUCGUAUGCUUUUUAUAAUAUUAUUUUUCAAAAAUUAUUAUUCGAGUCUAAAUGCGACAAGAAUGUAAUCAAUUGUAAUCCAUCUAAAUAGAUACAUUCUCAUGCAAUUUAAGCAAUUAAAUUAUAUUCAGAAUUAA